GCAACACCAAACGUGACCUCACAUCCGGGCAUCGCUUCGGCGGAUCACAUUUCAAAAUAAAACGCAUUCCCCGCAUACCACCUGUCAAGAGUUAUCGACUUUAACAAGCGGAGUUCACAAACACCAUCUUAUCGACUUUUACUUUGAAAUCGGCGAAGCUCGUUUGGGUUUCGGGGCUGGCUGUAGUGGCAACACUACCGAGUAGUACUGGUGCGUCUCCGGCUCCGUCCAACCCGCAGACAUGAAGCUCCGGUGGAUCGGCUCCGUGCUGCUCUCGGCGGCCGCCUACUACGUCUACCUCCCGCUGCCCAGCGGCGUGAGUGAGCCGUGGAAGCUGAUGCUGCUGGAUGCCUUGUUCCGGAGCUGUAUGCAUGUGGGUGACGUGGCUCACGCGCUGGGCUUGUGUCAUCGCGUCAGCCUCAUCAACCAGGUGGUGUCGUGGGUGGAGGUGAUCGGGCCGCGCUCCUGCCCCGCGGUGGACGUCAGUGACAUUCUCCUCGGGGGCGUGCCAACCCGUGUCUUCCGGCCAAUCGGCGGACAGAAGCUGAAGAGGGGCGUGGUCUACUUCCACGGCGGGGGCUGGGCCCUGGCCAGCGGGCGGAUGCGAUCCUACGACCUUCUGUCUAGGAAGAUGGCCGAGGAUCUCGACGCGGUCAUCAUGUCAGUGGAUUACCGCCUGGCCCCGGAGGUGGUGUUCCCGGGGCAGUACGAGGACGCCAUGGCGGCGUCCAGGGCCUUCCUGUCGGCGGGGGUCCGGGAGCGCUACGGACUGGACCCCCAGAGGCUCUGCGUGUCGGGGGACAGCGCGGGGGGGAACCUAGCCGCCGCCGUGGCCCAAGAGCUGGCUCUGGACUCCAGCCUGGAGGUCCGCUUCAAGGCCCAGGCGCUGGUCUACCCGGUCCUCCAGGCCCUCGACUUCCACACGGCGUCCUACCAGCAGAACCACGAAGUGCCCAUCCUGUACCGGCCCGUCAUGGCCCGCUUCUGGCUGCAGUACCUGGGCGCCGACCCCGCCCUGGAGCCCCUACUGCUGGCCAACAACCACAGCUCCCUGGACCAGGCCGGCCUCCCCGCCGCGCACCGGUCCAAACUGGACUGGACCGCCCUGCUCCCCGCCGGCCGCAGGAAGCACUACCGGCCGGUCGUCAGGGCGACGGGCUCGCCGGGCGUGGUCGACGCGGUGCCCGCGCUGACGGACGUGCGGGCCGCGCCGCUGCUGGCGGAGCGCGGCGUCCUGGCCAGGACGCCGCGGCGGGCAUACGUGAUGACGUGCGAGUUCGACGUGCUGCGGGACGACGGGCUGAUGUACGCGCGGCGGCUGCGGGACGCCGGCGUGGAGGUGACCGGCGACCACUACGAGGACGGCUUCCACGGCUGCAUGGUGUUCGCCUACCCGCCCGUGAGCUCCUCCGUGGGCCGCCGCAGCAUGGACAACUACAUCCGCUGGCUGGACCAGAACCUCUAG